CAGGCCACGCGGGGUAGGAGAGGAGGAAGUGCAGGCAGGCGAGCUGUGUCAAAACUUUCAAGGGAUCGGCUGAAGUUUCGAAACAACAGCAAAAAGUCAUAUUAAACCGAUCCCAAGUGUAAAAUUCGCGCAGAAAAAUAAUCAGAAGGCACCAGAGUCUGAGAAGCGUUGCAGCAAGGGCGAGAUUGUGCCAAAUUUCGAGCCGACGGGGUCAAAUACUUUCAGUUUUAAUCGGGGUAAAUACACGAAACGCAAAUACAAAACACAAAAAUACAAGAGCUAUUUUGGGUCUGGUCCAGCCAUUUGAACAAGGAGGCCCGGGCUCAACUUGGGCAGGCUCAGAUAGGCCUUGACUCAUACCAGCUGAACAGAGGGAAGUCAGGCAUGAGGAGCUGAACCACAGCCCAGCAGUUUUCCGUCUUCAGCGUGGGAAGGAAUGUGACAGUAGUACCUUGAUUUGUUUUGACUUUGUAGAGCGUGCAACACAGAUCUUUGCUUCUUUUUUUUUUUGUCGUGCAGUCUGAACGUCCGAAUUUGACCAUUUGCAUUUCUAGGUAAAAGCUAGAAAAACCCCCCCGUCUUGACUCUAACCUUUUUAAAGCUCCCUACAUGGCCAGCAGGGCGGUUCCUCUCCGCAACAGAAGGGGCAAAUUAAAGGCAGUGACACAAUGCACAUUGACAGAGGGAGCUCCCUGCGUCCUCAGUCCUUACCUGAUGGGAGUGAAGGCCUCUGACCGGCGCUGUCUGUCCGCAGGAUGAGUGGUGCUGGCAGGAAGGAUCUCUGUGAGACGUACCGCAAGUCCCUGGAGGCCCGCGUGCAGGAGGGCAGGGCUGAUCUGGUGUGCCGGGACGCCUCGCUGGUGGACGCCGUUGAAGGGCUCCUUCGGAGAGGUGGCCAGGAAGUGCACGGCUCCCUGCAGAACGAUGCCUUCCAGGUCAUCGGUGCCGCCCUGCAGACCGCACCCAGCCUGCAGAGGGGCCUGGAGAGACUUGUUAAGGGCUUUGAAGUGCUGGAGCUGGCGGCUAUCAACCUCUUUUUGUGUCCUUGGAGGCAGGAGUUCAAGAUGAUAAAGACGUUUUCAGGAGUGUACACGCAUUACCUGAAGCCUGCCUUCCCCGAGCAGACCCUUCUGGAGCUCUUCCAGAAGCUUGGCUACCGGCCGCGGGACAGGCACCAGCUGGAGAUGGGCCGCCAGCCGCCCGCGGAGGCCCUGCUGCAGCUGGCCUGCGGCUUCUUCGCCGCCCGCUGCGAGAGCGCCCUCCUGCUGGCGGCGGCCAGCCAGCUGGAGGAGCCACGCCUGAGCGCCGGCGACCUGCUGCAGGAGAGGCAGCGCUGCAGGAGCCUGGAGGAGGUGGUGGGGAACCUCAGGAGGAAGACGGAGGCCCUGGCGAAACGAGAUGAGAACGACUGGAGGACUGGAGGCAGGUCUGAGCCCAAGACGGAGCUUGAUCUCUAUACUGAAGAUGGGCGUCUCCCCAACGGAGGGGAUCAGCAGCAGGCGAUCAGCAAGGAGAAACCCUCCGCCGUGUCCUCUGUGAAAACGGGACUGGAGCUGGAGGCUCGAUAUAGCCAGAGUGCCAAGAGCACAACGCCUAGGUCUGCAGAUGGAAGCCACUCACGGGAAGGGGCCUAUAGGUCCAGCUUGAAGUUCGAGGUCCAGAAGACCUCCCGAAAGGAGCAGGGGCACAAGACCAGAGAAAUAUCACUGGAGCACGAAGCGGGAAGCAGCCCCGCUGCAAGCAAGGGGGAGCGAUACAGUGACGGCAAAGGACACGAUUCUCAGAGCUUCACUCUGUGCGGUUGCAGCAAGAGCUAUGACGGGGUAUAUUUUCUUAAAUGCCCCGUGUGCAAGGUUUUUCACUGCUGUGGUUGUCACGUUUUAGAAGAGUGCAGAACCAAAAAGCACGAGCCAGGUCUGGCCACCGACGCCGAGACCACAGUCAUCCAACAAGAGCUUUUAAAAUUGAAGUUGGAUGAGAAGACGAGCCCCCCGUCUGACACGCAUCACCUGGUGUGUCGCGCCUCCAGUCCACCUUCUGGGAUUUGUCCCCCCGAGUCCUGGCGGGAGUGCGAUAAGAAGAGUCUGCAGAUGAAUCUCCAUGGUGCUGCUGAUGAAGAUCAAAAGUGGGAAAAACAUUUCUGCCUCAAGGAGACGUUUCACAGUCUCUGCGUCUGUGAAUCUUGCCAUACUAUCCAUGACUGCUCCUGCAACGCGUGCCUCAAACAACAUCAUGAAUUGCACAUUGUGAAUGACAGAAUUAAACAAGAGGAGUGGUUGAGAAAGCUAGAUGCCAAGCAAUGGGAAAACCAUAGCUGUUUAUCCAGUUCUGGUCACGUUGGGUUCAUGUGCGAAACAUGUCACCUCUCUCAUGACAUUUUGUGCAGAGAAACCAAAACCUGCGCUAGUAAAAGUCAUAAAAUAUUUUACUUACCAGAUCAGACUCAGCUGAAGGAAAUGACUGAAAAAGAGCAGCGGUAUCACAUGCAUCAAUGUAUUACUGCCAACCCACAAAUGGCUUGCCAAACAUGCUUUGAGCUUCACGGUUUCUCGUGCGCUAAGUUAGAAACCUGUAAACGGCAGCACACGGUGAGACAGUUAGGCAAGUGCACAGCUUCAGAAAAAUGCUGCAAUCCAGCUUAUAUUAUAUGCAUGAACUGCUGUGCUGUGUUCUGCAAAAAUUGUUGGUUCAGAUACCCGAUAAAUUGUACUUGUGGUCAUCCAUUUGGAAUAACUGAGGUUUAAAGGUUUAAAUGUUUGUCCGUUUGUCCUCUUCAGGAUAAAAUCAGUAGGAUAAAAUCAGUAAACUAGCUACUGAAGUAUUUGCACUACUGCUUCUUAUGUACUGUAAACAAACUCUAUACUCCAAAAAGCACAAUUUUAAUUUGGCUUACUUACAAUCAGCAACACACUCAAAAAAUGCUUAUACUGUAAAUUUCUCAUCCUAAUUUUCCAUCUGGAAUUAAGGUAAAUCAGGCAUUCACAGUCAUAGUGAAUGAGUGUGGGCAUUAGCAGUGUUUGGGGCUCUGGACUCACAAAUGGAAGAUUGUGGGUUCAAAUCCUGUAGCAGCAGUGUGUGUUGUAUGCUGCUGUACCCUUGAACAAUGUACCUCACACAUAUAGCUCCAGCUAUAUACUGUAAAUGGUGAAAGAUGUAUGUUGGUGUGGAUAGAACACUCCAGUUUGCUCUGCAUCCACUAUAAAGGAAUCUGCUUGUCUUGAUUUUAGCAAAAUCUUUUUUUUUUUUUAAAUCGCCCAUUUACUGGCAAAUCCUAAAACACGGGUUUGGCAUAGGUGCGGUGGAGGCUGUGGAAAUCUCAGAACCUGUUCCCGCUACUCAGUCCUUUGGUCCACUGCUGAGAGAUCUGUUGGACAGAGGUGGGACCCGCGUCUCUGACUCCUGAGGACACUGCCAGCUGUGUCGCGCCAGCUGCAGGAACACCCCUUGGACUGGUUGCACGCUGGGAAAUUGCCAGAACUGGCUAACAUCACAGCGCAUCAGUGGAAAAUCAGAAUCAUUUCUACAAGUACCAGUUUGCAGCCUGCAGGAUAAAACGAAAAGGGAGUUUUGUAGACUUGUUGGUCUAGACCAAUGGUUCUCAAUCCAGGUCUUGGCGACUGACACACCUUCUGGGUUUUGUUCCAGCCGAUCUCUCAGUUGCCCAGUCAGACCCUUGACUGGCUUAAUAACAGGAUUGGAACAAGAUGAAUUUGAACUGCUUGUUUCCGGCUCUUACACAUGUUGAAGCUUUAACUGCUGUAUUUUGUAAGUGAAAUAAAAUCCCAAACUUGUGACUAGAAGCAAAACACAUUUUCAGGUGAAGCAGCUUUUUAGAUCAAUUAAGGCUUCAGUUAUCUGAAGGUCAAUUGAAGGUGGGCUGGAAUGAAAACCAGCUGGUGUGUGGGUCACCAUGACCAGGCCUGGGAAUCGCUGGUCUAGACUGGGGCUCCAGUUGAGAGACAACCCGGACAAAAGGGUCAGGUUCUAUUGUAAGACGUCAGCGAAUACUUAAACCUUUUGCUGGGCAGGGCAGGGCAGGAGUACCAAGGAAACAAGUUUUGUGGUCAUCAGAAAAAAGGCCAGUGUUCUAUCUUGCAUGAAAAACAACUUUUAAAUCUUGUACGUUAGCUCAAACAUCCUCAGCUGCUGGAAUGCGAGGGAUGUCUGUGUGACAAGUCCUGCUGCCUUAAUUAAAACUGUUGAACUCGGAUCUCAAAGGCACUUUGCUCCACACUGCCAAAAGAUGGCUGUUAAAACUGCUUGAUAGGUCUUAUUGGUGCAUCUUGGAAACAUGGAUUUUUGAUAAUAGACCAUACUUAAAAAUAUUUUCCCACGCUGUGCACUUUAUCCUAUCAAUUAUGUGUAAAAAGGUUUCAAAACUUGUUUACUGUAAACCAGCUGCUGGAGAUCACUGGAGAAAGUAAAAUAUCUGUAUUGUCAACACUGGUUUAUGCACAGAACCGUGUUUUGUUUUACCAAAAGCUAAGGAAGAAUAAACUCCACUUCAGUA